AUGUUAAAGGCCAUCAAUGAAGAAGUCAGAUGGGGCAAUAGCAAUGUAGCAAUGAAGUCAGAUGGGGCAGUAGCAAUGAAGUCAGAUGGGGCAGUAGCAAUGAAGUCAGAUGGGGCAGUAGCAAUGAAGUCAGAUGGGGCAGUAGCAAUGAAGUCAGAUGGGGCAGUAGCAAUGAAGUCAGAUGGGGCAAUAGCAAUGAAGUCAGAUGGGGCAAUAGCAAUGAAGUCAGAUGGGGCAAUAGCAAUGAAGUCAGAUGGGGCAGUAGCAAUGAAGUCAGAUGGGGCAGUAGCAAUGAAGUCAGAUGGGGCAGUAGCAAUGAAGUCAGAUGGAGCACACAAUAGCAAUGAAGUCAUGUCGGGCAAUAGCAAUGACAUCCAUCCCCCACAAGGCAUUUACAUCACACAGAUUAUUUAA